UCUGCAUCAUUUCUCGCCUGAAGCCUCGUCUCUGUGCUUCUGAAUUAGGGUUUUUCUUUGAUUCAAACAAUGGGUGUAUUCACAUUCGUCUGCAAGAGCAAGGGCGGAGAGUGGACCGCGAAGCAAUACGAAGGUGAGUUGGAGGCCUCUGCCUCCUCCACCUACGAGCUCCAAAGGAAGCUCGUUCAGACCGCUCUCGCCAGCGACUGUUCCGGUGGUGUUAACUCCUCCUUCUCUCUCAUCACCCCCACUUCCGCCGUUUGCCAGGUGAUUAUUGGUGCGGUUGGUGGUGGUUCUUUUGUCGGAGGUGGAGCAGCUGCUUCUUCUGGUGGAGGCGCACCUGCUGCUGCUGCUGCUGCUGAAGAACCAAAGGUUGAGGAGAAGAAGGAAGAGAAGGAAGAGAGCGAUGAUGAUAUGGGAUUCUCACUCUUCGAUUAAGUUCACUCAAUUUCUUUUACCAUGUUAGAUGUUGGUCUUGUUUUUGAGCUGUUAUGUGGUGUUUCCAAAACUGGUGAUUUUGUUCGACUCUUUUUCUUAUAAGAAUCUAUGUUUAAACUUAGUGAAUAUCCUUGUUCAGUGUCAUGCCUUGUCUGCAAUUGAAUUAUUGCUUGACGAUCUCAGGAUGCAAGAACUUUUGC